AACGCGCCAUUAGCCGAAUUAGAAAAUCCUGGGUUAACAAAGCUCCCCGAUUAAACCGAUAUCCAGCUUCUUGACACCGGCUAUCCUCCCCCGUCUCCGCCGCUUCGACAGCCCUUGGUGUUGUGGUGCGUCUCGUUACAUGCUGUCGCCUCGAUUCAACUCGGGUUUGUUUGGUUUCUCCAGCGCGGAUCAGGAUUUGAUCACUAAAUCCAGCACUGAAACAUCUCGGAUAACUGCGCGCUCCCGCUUCGCUAUACAGGGGAUACCAAUCGCACGUCGAAACCCGGAUCGCAGGUCAUGAACAUGAGCACAAUCGGAGUUCCAGAUUUCCAUAUGAUGAAAAAACACGAGAGGGCACAUUUCUUCAGCUCCAAGGAGCAGGAGCUCAUUUUGAAGUUGUAUGAAGAAGAGAGGGAGAUACUGACAGCUAAAUCCAACACCACCAGCGCCUCCAAACUGAGAGAGGAGGCCUGGCAGAGAAUUGCUGAUAAAAUAAACGUGGUGUCGGACAGUGGCUACAAAAGGACAUGGCAGCAGGUCAAGAUCAAACACAAAAACAUUGUACAAUCAGCAAAAAGAAGAAGGGUCGAGAUGAUGCGGAAUCAUCACGAGGAUUCAGCGACCCUGUCACUGAACUCUGCUGAGGAUGAUAUGCUGCAGCACAAAGACAACAGACUGAGAGUUGAGGUCUUCCCUGGGGCUGCCUGUAUUGACCCACUGACUGGAUCUGACAGCUCUUUUAUUAGCGUGUCAGGCCAUCCUGUGCUCUUACUGCCUGUUGCAAAGACGGAACCAGAGAGCUUGAGCAGUGAUGAGACAGACAUUAGUGAUGCACAUUUUGAAGAGGACUUGCACAGUAGCAGCUUCCAGGAAAGGUCCAACUCAGCAUGUGCUACAAGGGGUGGCCGAGAUGCCGAGAGGCAGACAGAAGACAUAAGGGCCCUUUACUGCAGCUACCUCAAAAAAGAGAUGGAGAACCGUGACCAACAGAUGGCAUACAGAGCACUUAAAAUGAGGAAGUUGGAAAAAGAAAUAUUAUUACUUGAUAAGCAGCUAGGGUGACUAUGUGAAGUGGUUUUAUCCUAUUAUUAUAAUAUUGGUUCAGACAAUAGUAAUAAAUUGCUUCAGUGUCAUAACAUAUCAUACACAGUUACAACUUUGGGCAACAAUAUCUGUUUUCUGACAACUCAGAAAUUUGGUUGGUGAAGUUUGGACCAUGACAGACCCUUCCUCAUUGUUGAAAUAUUGCACUUGUAAGUGUACACAUACAGCAAAAGUCAAUCAAUCAAUCAAUCAAAUUUUAUUUGUAAAGCCCAUAUUCACAAAUAACAAUUUGUCUCAUAGGGCUUUAACAAGGUGUGACAUCCUCUGCCCUUAACCCUCACCAAGAG